AUGACCGUUCCAGCGAGGUUCCGCAACGACUUCGCGAUGCAACGUGAACGCGGUCCCAUUGCAAUCGAAUGCCACGACCCUUGUGCCCGCUUCCAUAUUCUAGCCAUUCAUCUAGAACGGGACAGGCAAGCUUUCUCUCUGCAGAUGGAGGAGCAAGAGCUGGCAAACAUGGAACGAGGCGAGGUUAUCCCUGAGGAGAUUACAUCAAAUCCGGUAUUCCAAUACAUGACAGCGUUCCGCAAACGAGUACAGGCCGCAAGCGUGUCAAUUACCAAGACCUCACCUCUGGUGGUUGAUGCGGAAGCUCGAUUCCGCAAGCGGCUCUUCGGCCCAGACACCAUCGACGACAUCGAAGCAUUACGCGGCGACCUCACCAUCCCGGAGAUUAUUGACAGUGUCUCUAGGCCAGCGAGGCUGCACCUGGACCGUCUGUGUCUAGUCCUAGCACUCCAGUAUAUCAACGCACAGGCCACCCCCGAGUCGAUUGCAUCGAAUACGCCUAAACACUCUGCAUUCGGUACUUAUCCUGGUGAUACCUUGAAUCCCAUUGCUACUACGUCUAAGGUCAACUCCUCGGGGUCUAUGAGCUUCGCGUCCAUCGAAGACGCUCGUGCAUGGUCUAGAUCUGCUGUUAUUUCCAGCUGGUCGGAGAUAUCUGCACAGAAUACUCCUUCUGACACUGGUGGCAUGUCGAUGCCCACCAGCACACUGACGCCAGUCAAGUCUACAUUCAGCAAUAUCUUAUCGACGUCAAAUGUAUUCAAUGCUGCUAGUUCUGGGACACCUCCGGCCACAUCUACCCUGCCUGAGUCUGCCUUUGCUGCUCUGGCAUCUAUGCCAAACGCAUUCGGGACUUCCUUUGCGACGUCGUCUUCGCGCUUAGUGAUUAGCAAUGACAUGCUAAGUCAGCCUUUACACUUCCUUGAUCCCCCCCCGGGCAUCACAGCCUUCCGUCGCCAUUUCCUCCUCUCAAUCAGCACCGUCAACGUUGAAAGGCUCAACAAUCAUGACGAUGACUGA